CUCAGCUCAGGUAAAGGUGUGGUACUGUGUUGUAAUACGCGGAAGGUUUCUGCUGUUGCCUACUGUGUUGAGUGGUAGCUAAACUUCAGACACGGAGAUCACCGGUCCAUAUCACCAUUGAAAUGGCAAAUGCAUGGACCGGGGAGAGAGGGAGCAUCAAGCCCAAGGCAGAUUUCAACGCAAAGGAUGACGCUGUGGCUCUCAGCAAGGCCAUGAAGGGACUAGGUACAAACGAGAAGACCUUAAUAGAUGUUCUAACUCAGAGGAGUAGUAGUCAACGUCAGCUCAUCUGUAAAGCUUACCAAGAAGCAACUGGCAAGACUCUGGUGGAGGACUUAGAAGGGGACACCCAUGGUCACUUUGAGGACCUGCUGGUUGCGCUGGCCACGCCCCCUGCCGUCUAUGACAGCCAGGAAGUCACCAAGGCCAUGAAGGGAAUUGGGACUAAAGACAGUGUCUUGAUAGAAAUCUUCGCCUCAAGAUCCAACAAACAAAUUAAAGAGCUGUCUGAUGCCUAUUUAAAACAAACUGAGAGGAAGUUGACCUUGGACCUGAAGAAGGAGAUUUCGGGAGAAUUUGCUGAAGCUAUUCUCAUUCUGGCCGAGGGCAAGCGGGAUGAGAACACCCUUGUGGAUGCAGCCAAGGCCAAAGAGGAUGCCAAGACUCUUUACAACGCGGGGGGGAAGAAGUGGGGGACAGACGAGUCCAAGUUCAUCAACAUCCUGUGUCAGAGAAGCAUACCUCAACUCAGACAAACUCUGGUGGAAUACAAGACCGUCAGUGGGAAGAGUCUGCAGGAGAUCAUUGAGGGAGAGAUGUCUGGGAAUCUAGAGGAGCUACUGGUGGCCAUUGUGAAAUGUGUGAAGAAUGUCCCAGCAUACCUAGCUGAACGCCUGCAUCAAAGCAUGAAGGGCGGAGGAACGGAUGAGUGCACCCUAAACCGUAUCAUGGUCAGCCGGUCAGAGAUAGACAUGCUGGACAUCAGAGCAGAGUUCAAGAAGCUUUAUAGCUAUUCCCUGCACUCUGCCAUCGAGUCGGAUACAUCUGACUGCCAUGGGGACUGUCUCAAGCAGAUCUGUGGAGGGGACGAUUAAGAAUGUAACACAAUGGAGGGGACGACUAAGACAGUAACACCACACUGCAGGCAGAAGAUACCUGUGUAUCAUAGUGUUACUGCUACUGUUACUGUUACUGCUACUGCUACUGCUACUGCUACUGUUACUGUUACUGUUACUGUUACUGUU